ACCUCUCAAAGGCUCUAGGUGAGCAAUUGCUUUAUUUUUCCUGUACCCGUUGAAGUUGACGGUGUCCAUCCGGAUCUUUUCCCAAAGACGAUGCACCAUUGUUCGACCGAGUCACGUCCCGUGCAGGAAGCGACGAACCCAAGAGCAACCAUCGUACUCAUCGUCGGUUUGUCAUGCAGCGUUGUAUCUCCAUUACUCUUCGCAAUACCAUCAAUUCCGCCAAGUACUACUGGGCAUGGGGAUUCCCUGCAAUGUGUCUUUGCAUGAGCGUUGAGAUUGUCUGGCCUGUGUUCAGUCUGCUUACAGCCAAGUCUCUGCCGCAAGAAUAUCGAUCUCUUGGUGGUGGCUUGCUUCAAACAGUGAAUAAUGUUGGUCGUGCUUUGGGGUUGGCAAUUGCGACUGCUAUACAGACUGCUAUGGCGGGGGAUACCAAUGAUGAACAAGAAUCGAACGUGUAUUUGGAUGGGUUGAGAGCUGCGCAGUGGUUUAACUUUGCACUUGCCGUUGCCGGGAUGUUACUAGCUUUGAUCUUUUUCAGAGGCUUGGACAAGUCAUGACUUUAGGCUUUGUGUUCAUGUUUGUCGCGACAUCUUGUACAAGCUUGUCUGUUUCGCCUACCCUAAACAAGCUCAAUUGAGCUUAUCUUAUCUUGUCCAUGACACGUCUCCACCAAGAGCUUUUCUUAGAUCUUGCCCAGCUUUGCCAAGAGGAUGAGGCUCGAUCUCUCGGCCCUUGAAUGCCUCGCUUGUUUAGUGCUGAUCCACAUGUCGCGUGACUGAAUUAAUAGAGUUUACACAGUAAGUGGGGAGUAGAAUCGUGUAAUCAGCCAUGAAAAUGCACACUCAUGUUUG